AUGGGAGGCGGUGCGUCGAGUACGUCAUGUGACGAUCCGACAACCACCAGCCGAAUCAAAUACCGCAACGGCUACCCGAAAGUUUUGGGCGACGAGGUGAUUGGCUGCUUCAGUACAGUUGACGAAACGGGCGAAGUAAUGGCACCGCCGGGGCUCCUCUACCGCAUUGUGGAUAGAUCCAAAAGGCAAUGGACCUUCUACAACGACGCAAAGGAGUACAACAUGGUGAUAACAGGGUACUUUGGACCGCUAAAUAUCAUCAAGGCGCUCGGAAAGGCAAAGAUGUGGCGUGAGAUGCCAAGUGGACUUCUCAUCGUUGAGCUCGUCGUUGAACCAUUGCGGACGGAGCCCUAUUUAGAGGGCGUCGUCACGGAUGGGUUUGACUUGCGAUUUAGAGCCCUGCCGACAUGA